AUCUCAUCCACCUCUCGAUUUAGAGCUCCAAUUUCCAUCACAGCCCAUGUCUGAUCUCGGGGCACGCGUCUCGACCACCAUAGCCCGUGGCUUCGGCCUCUCCUCCUCGUCUGGGAGGUGGUGGCCGUCCCGCUUCUUUUUCUCCUACCCGCUCUCGCGGGUACACUUCAAGGCGCUCAAUGCGUCCCCUCUCUCAUGGGAUGCACGCGUCCUCCUCGCAUACGCCAUCCUCCCAUUCAUCCCGUUCUACGUACAAGCUUACUUGCUCUUGGGGCCACAAACGGACGCCGUGCGAGCAGCGCGGCGAGCGGCAGGCGGCGCAGCAGCCGCGGGACUCAUUAAAGCGUGGAUGAGCUACCGAUUUUUCAAUCCAGAAUUCAACGCGUUCAAUUGCGGCUUCACCGUCGCCCUCCUCCACGUCCUCUUGAAAGCGCUGGAAUUUGCGCUGCUGCACGACCGCGUCGUUGACCCAUGGCCCAGCCGCCCGCGCUGGCGCGCCGCCUUCGACAUCUGCUGCAACGCACGCAUGCUCUGUCUCGGCAGCGUCGGUAUCGACGACAUGGCAGGCCCGCCGAACAGCGAGAUCGAGAAGCCCGUGCUCGCAAGCUACCUCCGCCACCUCGUGCCGCCCGAAAGCCCGCUGCGGCCGCCAACGCACAGCGCGCGGCGCGCGCGCAUCGCGCGCAAACGCAGCCACUCGGAGAACUUCAACGAAGCCGUGAAGGAGAGCAUUUCGCCGUCGCCGUCGCCGGCGCCGUCACGCCCGCAGACGCCGCACGCGCACACCGCGCGUGCGCGCGCCGCGCCGCAACCCUCGCGCCUCCGCCGCCUCUGGAGCACACGCCCUGCCUCCCGCCCCGGCGCGGUCGCCAGGCAUAUCCUGCACGCCGCGACGCACUACUGCGUGCUGGACACGUUCCUCGCGUUCUUGCGGCACACGGGGCCUGAGCUCGUCCCCGGCGGCGCGGGGACGCUGGAGCGUUUCGUGCGCCACACGCCGUUCACCGCCCUCCCGGACCUCUUGGGCGGGCGUGUCGCGUUCCGCGUCCCCCCCGGCCUGUUGGCCGUGUGCAUCGAAGCGUGCGUCCCGAUCGUGAUUUGGCAGGGCCUCAAUCUCGGAUACCAUGUCUUCGCGGUCGUCUUCCUCUGCGCUGGGUGGGAGGUGCAGAGCUGGGACGUGGACUUGUUUGACGCGCCGUGGCGCGCCGACUCGAUCAUCGACCUUUGGGGGCGGAGGUGGCACCAAGUCUUCCGGCACCAGUUUAUCCUCCUCGCGGCGACGGCGCUGCGGCUCGUCGGACUGCCGAAUACUCCUCUCCUCCUCUUCCCGCUGGUCUUUGUAUUCUCCGGCCUCCUCCACGUCCUCGGCGAGCUUAGUAUGGACCCCGUGCCCGCUACGGGCGCGCUGUGGGCCUUCUUCCUCCUCUCGGGCGUCGGGUGCGCCCUCGAAGUCACGUUCAAGGCCGUGACGGGCAAGCGUGUGCGCGGCACACCAGGGAGGUUAUGGUGCUGGGUCUACACAUUUGUCAUAGGCCGCCUCGCCGCCGACGCCUGGCUUGACGCCGGCAUCGCUGGCUGCACCCUGCUCCCGAGCGGAGGGCCGGGCGAGUACAUUGCCCCGCUGAUUAUCGGGCGGAUAUUCUCGCGCGCAUAGAUGUAGGAGCAAUGCAUGUCACUAUCUAGAACUCGUCCGACCGCAGACCGCCGCGCAUCUUGAACUCUUGGGGGUCAGCAUUGCGCUGCUC